AUGUCGUACGCGUCUCGUACAAGCCUUAAUUCGCAACAUAGCGCUUCAUCCAAUAUCCCCGUGCGGAGGUUGUGCGGCUGUUUGGAGGAGGCCGAUGUUUUCACCUCUGGCACCGACAAUAAUCCAUGCCGGAGGUUCUACAGGUGUCCAAAUAGAAAGGUAAAAGAUUGUGGUUUGUUUGAUUGGAUUGAUCCCGCAUUGCCUGAGUUCAAAAAGACAUGCUUCAUCAGAUUGAAGGCUCAAGAAAAGGUUUUAAAAGAAAAGUUACGGGCCAUGGAAAAACAACAUAAUGAUAGGUCGGGUGUGAAAGAAGUAAGCUUGUCUUCACUUGAGGAGCUUGAAAACAAAGUGACAGGGCUUGAGGUUGAUGGUCACAAGACUGCUGAAGUACUUUUGGUUCUUGAGAAGACCUUAACUCAAGUGAAAAACCUUGAAAGGAAAAUGUAUGUAGUGAUGAUUUGUGUGAUUGUUGUUGUUAUGGUUGUUGUUGUGAUUGUGUUUGGUAGAAAUGGUUAUGUUCUUGUUGUGAUUGUGAUAUUGUAUUUGUUAUGGUUCUUGUUGUGA